GUGUCUGCCUCUGACAGGAGAAAUUUGCUAUUAUGGAUGUCUUAAGAUGCGGCUUCGACGAUUUAGAGGCGUAGGCGAGUGAUUCUCUAUUAUGGAAAACAAGGGACAACCCACACUUCAAAAUGGACAUGACCACGCCAUUACCAGUUUUGAACGGAGAUUAGGGCUGUUUAGACAGCCGCCGUCCCAGCGCCGUGAGUGCUCUGCUGCUUUCCCGUCUUCUCCCUUCUCGCUCUUCUCCUUCUCUCAAACGCACCAGAGAGCUCUCGUCUCGGACCGGCUUGAACUCCGCCUCGCCCGUGAGUUUCUCCACCCCCACCCCGCUGUUUUCCCCCCACCGACGGAGAAUUUUUGCUGCGGGCCAGGAAUUUUUGCUGCGGGCAGAAGAACUUGGGGUGCCUGCCGCGUCGCCCUUGUUCAUGCAAGCAGUGGGAGUCGUCACCAGUUUUCCCCCUGAGAAGGUUGCUGCCAAACGUUGUCUAGGACCGGAUUGAAGUGCGCCGCCCACCCCGCUGUGUUCCACCCCGAUUCGUUGAACUUCUCUGCCCCAUUCGUUGAACUUCUCUCCCCCAACCAGAUCCAACUCGUCGUGUGUUCCUGGCCCGUUAGUUUCUGAUGGAUGAUUUGGAGCUGUUCAACGACGCGGACAUUGGCAUUUCUCCCCCCCCCCCAAGGUCCCACAUUGUCUUCACCGCAUAGUUCAAGUCCCUUACGUGGUCAGACUGCUAAUAAGGACAACGAUUGGGAAUUUUUUGUACUAAGCGAUUUUUGGAAUGAGGAAGGGAGACGUGAUGUUCCAAGUGAGAUGCAAAUGUAUUCUGAACUAGGUCUGAAUGAAGAGGACAAGGCAAAGGAAAAUCAAAGAGAUGAAUCCGUUUUAGGUGGUACUAGUAAUUUGGAUCAAUCGGAGCCUAUUAAUUUUGGAGACAAUAGUAUAGACCAACCAAUGGAGGACUUCCUACCAAAUGAGAAGAGGGUUGUGUAUGAUAAAAUGAAUCUGUCAAUGCAACCUGGUAGUUUGUUUCCCAACAUGAAAGAAUUUCGAAUUGCUAUGAGGCAAUAUGCCAUAAAACAUGAGUUCGAGCUAGGAAUAGAGGUAACUUCGACUACCAGAUACGUCGGAUAUUGUAAAGGUGAUGAUUGCCAUUGGAGGAUUUAUGCACGGGAAGAAAAGAAAGGUUUACCGACCAUUGUGGUUGCUGUAUUGCAUGAUACGCAUACUUGCACAUCUAGUGGAAGGAGGAAGACGACUACACCAAGUUGUGGAUGGGUAGCUUUUCACGCUUUACCACUUCUUAUGAAGAAACCCCAGAUGGGUGCCAAGGAAUUGAAAGAUACACUUCAAGGAAUUCACAAUGUCACUAUUGGGUACGACACAGUUUGGAAGGGCAAGGAGAAGGCAUUACAAGAGUUGUUUGGCACUUGGGAGGAGAGUUUCAAGCUCUUAUUCUCUUGGCGGGAGGCAGUCCUUGCUAAGGAGCCUGACAGCAUUGUAGAGAUUGAUGUGGUGUUAGAGGAUGGGAAGUACUAUUUCAACCGUUUCUUUUGUGCCUUAGGACCUUGCAUCUCAGGGUUUAGGGAUGGUUGUAGACCAUACAUAAGUGUCGACUCGACCGCACUGAACGGUAGAUGGAAUGGCCAGCUUGCUUCAGCAACCGGUGUGGAUGGCCAUAAUUGGAUGUUUCCUAUAGCAUUUGGGUUUUUCCAAACUGAGACAGUUGAAAGUUGGAUUUGGUUCAUGUCCCAAUUAAAGAAGGCUGUUGGAGAACAUGGAGUACUAGCUAUUUGUUCGGACGCUCAAAAAGGCUUAAUGCAUGCAGUGACACAUUGUUUCCCUUAUGCUGAGAAGAGAGAGUGCUUCCGACAUCUCAUGAACAACUAUGUCAAAAGCUACUCAGGUUCCGAACACAUGUAUCCAGCUGCAAGGGCAUAUAGAAGGGAAGUGUUUGAGCACCAUGUCAGCCAAGUAAGAAGUAUUCCUAAGAUAGCUGAAUAUUUGGAUCAACAUCACAAAUUUCUUUGGUACAGGAGUGGUUUCGACCCAUCUAUUAAAUGUGAUUACAUAACAAAUAACAUGGCUGAGGUCUUUAACAACUGGGUGAAGGAUCACAAGGACCUACCUAUUUGUGACUUAGCUGAUAAGAUUCGAGAGAUUACCAUGGAGUUGUUUCAUCGGAGGAGAAAGAUAGGGGAAAGACUGCAGGGAUUGAUCUUGCCAUCUGUUAUGGCUACACUGAAAGCUCAGACUAGAGGAUUGGGCCAUUUGACAAUUGUAAAAAGUGACAAUUACUUGGCAGAGGUGAGGGAUAGUACUAAUUGUUUGACAAAACAUGUGGUGAAGGCAGAGUCGAGACAAUGUUCUUGUGAAGAGUGGCAGCACACAGGAAAACCUUGUCAACAUGGAUUGGCAGUGAUUGUUGCCCAGGAUGUAAGGAAUGUUGGUAUGGAGAACUUUGUUGAUGAGUAUUAUUCUGUAGACAAGUUUAGAAAAGCUUACAUGGGAAGGAUUCAACCUAUUGGUGACCGUUCUUUUUGGCCGAAGGUGGAUUUUUCAAAGGAGGUAUGUGCACCAAUGGCUAAAAGAACGGUUGGGCGACAAAGGAAAAACAGAAUGAAGAGUUGUCUAGAGGGUGGCAGUGGGACAAAAAGAAAGGUCAUACAGAAUGCUCAAGGAACAACUAAGAUAAAAAGACAAUACACUUGUCCAAGCUGUGGUCAACUAGGUCAUCGGAAGACCAGUUAUAAAUGCCCUUUGAAUGGAACAAAGAAGAGGAAGAGGAAACCAAGGAAGAAUACUACGAAAAAUUGGAUCCCGAAAGAGUUGCGGACUUCUACAUCACAACCUAGUACUUCAAAUAAAGAUGUAGAAACCGGUGGCCAAGAAGACAUCAAUGCUGAUGCAGAACUAGUGCUUGUUGAAACCGGUGGCGAUGAACUAGUGCGUGUUGAAACCGGUGGCCAAGAAGACAGCAAUGCUGAUGCAGAACUAGUGCUUGUUGAAACCGGUGGCCAUGAAGACAUGAACACUCAUGCAGAACUUGUGCGUGUUGAAACCCCUCUUAGUUCUCCACCCAGAAGUUUGAAGUGGCUUGUGAAGAAAAUUACUCCGAGGAAGAAAAUGAAGCGUGAUGUGCAAAGGGAGUAGCUAGAAAGACAUAAAAUUCUGGGAGCGUUUGUGAAAUCUGUUUGUAUCCGUUUGUGAACAAUGUAGCUAGAUGAUGCCAGCCGGAAAAGGUUUGGUCUGUUUAAUAGCUAGAUGCCAGCAGCAAAAAUCUGUUUGUGAACUCUGUUUGGGCUGUUUUCUGGGUGUUGAACAAUCUGUAAGCAGAUCUAAAUGGGUGUGUUGAACAAUUUGUUUUCUGGGUGUUAAUGUUCUAUUAAAAGUUCUGUUUUCUGGGUGUUGAACAA